UUAAGCGGUUCAAACGCUCAUGAGACAGCUGCGCAAGUGCAAGUGAAAGAUAAACCGGUCAACAUAAACGAAACGAAAAUAAAACAACAAAAAUAUUGAAACGAAAUAUAACGUGGAGAUAACGAAAAAGAUAAUCAACAAAAAUAAAAAAACAAAUUCUCCAAACUCUAAGUGGACAAGUGAAGUGGUGCGAAUUAUUUUCAGUUCAUUAAGAACCCAAUGAGUAGGACAUUGAGUGAAUUUUAAAAAUUACAAAUUCCCAUAAACAUUGUGAUAAAACAAAAUAACAAUCAAUCAAUUAGCAUAGCUUCCUUGAAAGUGUUAUUGAAACGAAACGCAACCCACUAGCUAGAGCAGACAACGUCGAAAGGAAUAAAACGUGAUCGAACGAUAAUCGUUGGUGGCAGCAGCUACACAAAACGCAGAGACCUCCUUCAGCAUGGAUCUAAAGAAGCUUUUACUAUUUCUCACAAUGGUGACUAUAGCCCAUUGCCAAGGAAAAACUCCAGGUUUACGGCGAAAACCCAAGAUCUACAAUGCCCUCAUAACUACCGAUGACAAUUUGGUCCAGAGUCGUGCAUAUCCUGUCAUACAGCCUACAAUACAUGAAUCAGGUAUAGCGCAUUAUCAUCCCUUUGGGCCAUAUGGACCUUAUGGAAGUUUCUAUAACCCACAUGUGGUGAGAUUUGCCCAACCGAUUGCUCCUAAUUUAACUCCAAAGGAACAGUUGCCCUAUCCAUUGCCACCAGGCCAAUUUCCACCACAACUCAUGGGUCAGCCUAUGGGACCGCAACCUCAGCUUUAUCCUGGGUAUCCCCUACCACAACCGCCCCCCACAGGACCAGCAACAGGAUCUGCUGGACCAGAUGAAGCACAAACUCCGCCCACGGCUUCAGCUGCUGAAGAGCAGGCUGCACCUACAGUACAACCACCCACCAUGCUUAUGCCUGAUCCAGCCCCUCCGGCUCCAAAAGACCCAAAUGCAGAGGAAAAAAUGCCUUCCGAGCAAUUACCGAUAGCGCUAAACCAGUAUGGUUUACCACCAUCCCUAAUACCACUAAGACAACCCUAUCCUCCACCACCACCUCUUGCCUCUAGACAAUCACCCUACUUGUCGCCGUAUGCCUUCAAUCAAUUUCCACCGCUGUACUAUAAAAAUGUUCCCGGCUUAAGACAACAGUUCUUGCCACCUUAUGGCUAUCUGCCCACUGGACCACAAUUUCCCUUAAGUAAUACCAUACCCACAGAUGAUGCUUAUCCCUAUGCCCAACCACCAGCUCAGCCGAUGCCACAACCAACCCAGGCACCCACAAAAGCUCCAGUGACUCCUCCGAACAUCGAACAACAACCCUCUGAACCUGCGACACAACUACCCACCGAACCCGAGCCCACAUUUGAAAACAUUAAAAAUGGUUCAAAGAGUGAAGAUAGCAAUGUUCCCGAUGUUCCACCUCCACCAAUUCCAUCUGGUGCAAAAUCAAAACAACAACAGCAGCAGUCUUCUUGAAUUGGUCCAUGAGCUACCAACAAGUAACACAAACACUGUUUUUGUAAUUAAUUAGGAAAAUUUAUUUUCGAUAAGUUAUUAUUUAUUAUUUUAAACUUUUUUUAUAUAAUUAUUUAAACUAAUUGCGAAUUUUAGUUCCAAAACUGGGACUUUUUUACCCAAAGGAACGAAAACUGUAUUUAAGCCAAUUUUAGUUUAGAUUUACUUAAGGACAAACAUAAUCGCUUACAAAAAUACCCAUAUGCACUACGUACACCUACACGUACACUAACUACAUACAUACAACAAAUGGUAAAAAAAAAUUAACUUUUUUUAAUAAAAAUCUUUUAAAAAUAAC